UUUGAACACACCCACAAGGAAGACUCGGACGGCUACAGCCAGACAAAGUCAGGAUGUGACAUCACCCACAGGAAGAAAAGCCAAACAACUUUUUUCUGCCUUUACUCUGUUACUGUUGACGAAAUCUGGGAAGUGGUGGGCUAACAGCAGCUGUGAAGAAGUGGAAGAAACAAAGUGUCACAACACUCCUCAUCUGGGAAUUUACUGCCAAAGUGGUCUAACAUUGAUCCACUCCUGAUCCUGAGUUCAAAAAGACUCUAAACUUUAUCCAAACAAGACACUGAUCCCUAUGACCAGAUCUGUCAGCCGGAUAAAGUGUGGUCACCUCAGCGGAAAGUCAAAAUCUACAAAAGUAAACAUUAUUUCAGGGAGCCCAUUCCCCCCUUAUCACCGGGGAAACCACUGAGUUGAUGGCUCUGUGUCUGGGACAAGUUUUCAGCAAAGACAAAACAUUCAGACCAAAGAAGAGAUUUGAACCAGGAACACAGAGAUUUGAACUGUAUAAGAAAGCCCAGGCCUCGCUGAAAUCGGGCUUAGACUUGAGGAGAGUGGUCCAGCUGCCAGAGGGGGAGAACAUCAAUGACUGGAUAGCGGUACAUGUGGUCGAUUUCUUCAACAGAAUCAACUUGAUCUACGGGACUAUGUCAGAGUUCUGCACAGAAAGAACCUGCCCCAUUAUGUCAGGGGGGCUGCGGUAUGAGUACAGAUGGCAGGAUGGGGAGAACUACAAGAGGCCCACCAAACUUCCUGCUCUAAAGUACAUGAAUCUCCUAAUGGACUGGAUAGAGUCCCUUAUAAACAACGAGGACAUCUUUCCCACCAGAGUAGGUGUCCCAUUUCCAAGGAACUUCCAGCAGGUGUGUAAGAAGAUCCUGAGUCGUCUCUUCAGAGUUUUCGUCCAUGUUUACAUCCACCACUUUGACAGCAUCUGCAGCAUGGGAGCAGAGGCCCACAUCAAUACAUGUUACAAGCACUACUACUACUUCAUCACUGAGUUCCACCUAAUUGACAAUUCAGAACUGGAGCCUCUGAAGGAGAUGACAGAGAAGAUAUGCCAUUAAAAAGAGCUAUGGACAAGUUUACCUUUCACCUUUAUCUGAGCCCAAGAGACAUUCCAUUUCAUUCAGUUAAUAUUGUCAUUUCAUAUGUGCAUGGCCAACUAUGAGACUUUGAUAUUUCCACUAAUAUUGGUAAAUGGUGCAGCAAUGCUAUUUCUUAGGAGUCAAGGAAAUAUAUCACAGCUUAUUUUUUAUUUUUGCAUGAAUGUUUUUUUUUUUCUUUUAUGACCAUUAAUUGUAUUAAAAAUACAUUUUAAAAAUUCA